AUGGCAUCCAACACGGAAGAACCAACAUUACCCGUCACUCCCCUUACGACCUUCCGUCUCUUCCCAAGGCUUCCACUAGAGCUUCGUCGCUGUAUUUGGAAGUUCGCCGCAUUUGAAGCGCGUCUUCUGGAGUUACUGCCUCAUGCCGAUGCAUUUGGCAGACCAUAUUACCUCUUUACUUCUAGCCCUACACCUGUCACUUUACACGUUUGUCGAGAGUCUCGCUCUGAAGCGCUCGCCAUUUUCAGCAAAGCUUUCUCUAUUGUUUGCAAAUUUACCGAAACCAAACAACGAUAUAUCUGGACAAAUUUCUCUGUGGAUACCAUAAAGAUUGAACAGUACUAUUUACGCGACGUUGAAAGGGGAGAAAGAGCAUCUAUACGCCGACUCAGAGUAAAAGCAGACCAUCCUGAAACUUUCAAAGAUGUGUGCUAUCCAUACGAUUAUGAGAUGAAUGCAAGAGCUUAG